UCCGGAAAAGAGAGAGGGGGGGGUGUUUGUUGGCGAAGAUUGGUGCGCUCAACGAACGCUUCAACGGCAUUAUUUCCCGGCCAGUAGGGUACUUCGUCUAUUCUCUCUCUUUGAUCUCUCACAGAGAUUUGUUCAACUAAAAAUCCCCAAAUUCCACGUUUUCUAGGGCUAGGGCUCAGAUUCCCCAACCAUUUUCAGCUCGUGAGCAAUUUCAUUGCUCUCUUGCAUUUCUAAAUUUGGGUUAAUUUGUUAAAUGUGUUAGGGCUUCGUUAAAAUUUUCUCGGUUUCUUUUUUGUUUCCGUACAGAUGUGUGAUUGAAGAAGAAGCAGUUGAAGCAGAAGAGGUUGAAGGGUAAGGGGGUGGGGGGUGUGUGUGUGAGAGAGACAGGGAGAGAGAGAGAGGGAGAGAGAGAGUGUGGGUGUGAUCAGGUCCUCAGGUGAAAGAUCUGAGGCUUAAAUUUCGAUAGUAAGAAUAGUAAGAAUUGGAAAAGAAACAACAAAAUGAGCGCUUCGAGGUUUAUUAAGUGCGUCACGGUUGGUGACGGAGCUGUGGGUAAAACUUGCUUGCUGAUUUCGUAUACCAGCAACACCUUCCCUACGGAUUAUGUGCCAACUGUUUUCGACAAUUUCAGCGCUAAUGUGGUUGUCAAUGGGAGCACUGUUAACCUGGGGUUGUGGGAUACUGCUGGACAGGAGGACUAUAAUAGAUUAAGACCUUUGAGUUAUCGUGGGGCUGAUGUUUUCAUACUGGCAUUCUCUCUCAUUAGCAAGGCGAGUUAUGAAAAUGUUUCCAAGAAGUGGAUUCCAGAGUUGAAGCAUUAUGCACCUGGUGUCCCAAUAGUUCUUGUUGGAACAAAGCUUGAUCUUCGGGAUGAUAAGCAGUUCUUCAUUGACCAUCCUGGUGCUGUGCCUAUUUCUACUGCUCAAGGAGAGGAGCUGAGGAAGCUGAUUGGUGCACCUGCUUAUAUCGAAUGCAGUUCAAAAACACAACAGAAUGUGAAGGCAGUGUUCGAUGCAGCCAUAAGGGUUGUUCUUCAACCACCCAAGCAGAAGAAAAAGAAGAGCAAAGCACAGAAGGUUUGCUCUAUCUUGUGAUCGAAUAGGUGUAAAGAGAAAAACAGCUGUUUGUCUUACCUUUCUCCCCCUCCCUCUCUUCUUCUCUCUUCCCUUUGCUCUUGAAGAAGCUGCGGGCCCUGAGUUAACAGACAAUACUUGGGAUCUCUGUGAAGCAUCAGGUGGUUUGGUGUUGCUUUCUUGAAAUUGUUUUGAUCUCUAAUUGUUGAAUCGCAUUACAUGGUUGCCCACCUUUACUUAACUACCGGUUUCAAUUUGUUUUAUGUAUUAUUAGACUGGAAUUUCCCAGUUAGGAAAACGACCUUGCUUUGCAUGGACAUAGUUAUGUUUACUACUUUGUAUUGUGCUUAAAAGCUUGCUAUUUGUGUUA